CGCCGCCUGCCAGAGGAGUUCCGAUCAGACUGUCUUUCCACAAUCUGCGAUUCCCCCACCGAUAGUUUCUCCCCUGCCUUCGACUUCAUCGUAGCCGCGUCGGCUCGACUGCGUUUCAAGAAAGGUGAGAGGAUCAACAAUGAGCAUCUCUGACACCUGCUGGCUUGGACUUUUUUGAAGCACGUUUUGUCACAAAACUGAACCUGACAAAAGACCGCCCAAACCCGGCACCAUGACCUGCUCCCUGUGGAGGCUCCCCACGUUCUGCUGGUUCAUCGUCACGCUGGCCCAAGUUCACUCCACAGAGGGGUUCAGCCGGGCCGCCCUGCCAUUCGGCUUAGUGCGAAGAGAGCUGUCUUGUGAGGGUUACCCCAUCGAUCUGCGCUGCCCAGGAAGUGACGUCAUCAUGAUCGAGAGCGCCAACUAUGGUCGAACGGAUGACAAGAUCUGCGACGCUGACCCCUUCCAGAUGGAGAACAUAAACUGCUACCUCCCAGAUGCUUACAAGAUCAUGUCGCAAAGGUGUAACAAUCGGACCCAGUGCAUUGUGAUAACGGGUUCAGACGUCUUCCCUGAUCCCUGCCCGGGAACCUACAAGUACCUGGAGGUCCAGUAUGAGUGUGUCCCCUACAGUCCAUGCCCACCCAGAGUAGGACCAAGAACACAGAAUGUUUCCUUUCACAACUGCCCCGAAGUGGAGCAAAAAGUUUUUGUUUGUCCUGGGACUCUGAAAGCUGUCGGGGACACUUCCUUUCUCUUUGAAGCGGAGCAGCAAGCCGGUGCCUGGUGCAAAGACCCGCUGCAAGCCGGCGACAAAAUCUACUUCAUGCCUUGGACUCCUUACAGGACAGACACUCUCAUUGAGUAUUCCUCUCUGGACGACUUCCAGAACGCCCGGCAAACAAUCACCUACAAGCUGCCACAUCGGGUGGACGGGACAGGCUUCGUGGUCUAUGACGGUGCAGUGUUUUUCAACAAGGAGCGUACCCGCAACAUCGUAAAGUUUGACCUGCGGACUCGAAUCAAAAGCGGCGAGGCCAUCAUCAACAAUGCCAACUACCACGACACGUCGCCCUACAAGUGGGGCGGCAAAACGGACAUCGAUCUGGCGGUGGAUGAGAACGGCCUGUGGGUCAUCUACGCCACGGAGCAGAACAACGGCAUGAUGGUCAUCAGCCAGUUGAACCCGUACACGCUGCGCUUCGAGGCCACCUGGGAGACAGCCUACGACAAGCGCUCGGCCUCCAAUGCCUUCAUGGUCUGUGGGGUACUGUACGUUGUCCGCUCCACCUACGAAGACAACGAGAGCGAGGUCAGCAAGAGCCUGAUCGAUUACAUUUACAAUACCAAACAAAACCACGGCGAGUAUGUGGAUAUCCACUUUCCCAACCAGUACCAGUACAUUGCAGCUGUGGAUUACAAUCCGCGAGAUAACCAGCUCUAUGUGUGGAAUAAUUUUUACAUCCUGAGAUACAAUCUGGAGUUUGGCCCCCCUGAUCCAGCACACGCUCCACCAUUGUCAGAGGCCACCAUGGCACCGCAGCCUCUGAGAACAACCACCACCACCACAACAACCACGAUGCACCGGGGCAUGGCCAACACCACCACCACCACAACAGGGCCCAAGGAGAGCAGCAGGGGAGCGCCCAAACCGCCCCCUGCAGCUCCGCAGACGACCGCCCCUCCAUCCCUGGAGUCCUUCCCUUUACCCGAGCGCUUCUGUGAGGCCACGGAGAAAAGGGACAUCAUGUGGCCCCAGACCCAGAGGGGCAUGCUCGUGGAGAGACCAUGCCCCAAGGGGACGCGAGGCAUGGCUUCCUAUUUAUGUGUUCUUUCCACGGGGGCCUGGCACCCCAAGGGCCCCGAUCUCAGCAACUGCACCUCCCACUGGGUGAACCAAGUGGCCCAGAAGAUUCGCAGUGGAGAGAACGCCGCCAACCUGGCAAACGAGCUGGCCAAACACACCAAAGGCCCCAUCUUCGCAGGAGACGUCAGCUCCUCGGUGCGGCUGAUGGAGCAGCUGGUGGACAUCCUGGACGCACAGCUUCAGGAGCUCCGGCCCAGCGAGAAGGACUCGGCAGGACGAAGCUUCAACAAGCUUCAAAAACGAGAACGGACUUGCAGGGCAUACAUGAAGGCCAUUGUUGACACGGUGGAUAACCUUCUGCGACCAGAGGCCUUGAAGUCGUGGCGGGACAUGAACAGUACCGAGCAGACCCAUGCAGCCACCAUGUUACUAGACACCCUGGAGGAGGGGGCCUUCGUCCUUGCCGACAACCUCAUGGAGCCUGCCAUCGUCAAAGUUCCUGCAGACAACAUAAUCCUGGAUGUUUAUGUGCUCAGCACGGACGGCCAGGUGCAGGAUUUCAAAUUUCCACAGGCCGGCAAGGGUGGUAUCUCUAUCCAGCUGUCGGCCAAUACUGUCAAGCUCAACAGUCGAAAUGGAGUGGCCAAGCUGGUUUUCGUGCUCUACAAAAACCUGGGCCAGUUCCUUAGUACGGAAAACGCCACCAUAAAGUUGGCCAACGAGAUCUACGGGCGAAACGUGUCGGUUGCCGUCAAUUCGGACAUCAUCGCCGCCUCCAUCAACAAAGAGUCCAGCCGUGUGUUCAUCAACGACCCGGUGAUUUUCACCUUGGAGCACGUUGAUAUGGAGCACUACUUCAACUCCAAUUGCUCCUUCUGGAAUUACUCAGAGAGGAGCAUGAUGGGGUAUUGGUCCACCCAAGGCUGCAAGCUCCUGGACUCCAAUAAAACCCACACCAUCUGCUCCUGUAGUCACCUCACCAACUUUGCCAUCCUAAUGGCCCACCGAGAAAUCUCAGUAUCUAUAAGGACUUUGCAUGAGCUUCUGCUGAACGUCAUCACCCGCGUGGGGAUUGUCGUGUCACUCGUAUGCCUCGCGAUCAGCAUCUUCACUUUCUGCUUCUUCCGGGGCCUGCAGAGCGAUCGCAACACCAUCCACAAGAACCUGUGCAUCAAUCUCUUCAUCGCCGAGUUAAUAUUCCUAAUUGGUAUUGAUAUGACGGAACCCAGGAUUGGGUGCUCCAUCAUUGCUGGGAUUCUACAUUUCUUCUUCUUGGCCUCUUUCUCUUGGAUGUGUCUUGAGGGAGUUCAGCUGUACCUCAUGUUGGUGGAGGUCUUCGAAAGUGAAUACUCAAAAAAGUACUACUAUGUAUCUGGAUACCUCCUCCCAGCCAUUGUGGUCGGUGUCUCUGCAGCUAUCGACUACAGAAGCUACGGGACUAAGAAAGCGUGCUGGCUUAGAGUGGACAAUCACUUCAUAUGGAGUUUUAUAGGACCUGUCAGCUUCAUCAUUGUGCUCAAUCUCAUCCUGGUCAUCACCAUGUACAAAAUGGUGAAGCACUCCACCACCCUGAAACCCGACUCCAGCCGACUGGAGAAUAUCAAAUUCAACACCUUUCAAGGAAUGUUCAUCUUCAUCUUCCAUUGCCUCCUCCAGAAAAAGGUCCGCAAAGAAUACAGCAAGUGCUUUCGUCACACGUACUGCUGUGGAGGGUUGCCGACCGAGAGCUCGCACAGUUCUGCAAAGACCUCCACCGCCAGGACCAGUGCACGCUACUCCUCUGGUACACAGGUAGAGCAGCACACUACCUUCAGUCGUAUCAGGAGAAUGUGGAAUGACACCGUAAGAAAGCAAUCCGAGUCCUCCUUUAUCUCAGGUGACAUCAACAGCACCUCCACCCUUAACCAAGGGAUGACGGGAAAUUACCUACUAACCAAUCCUCUUCUCCGACCACAAGGCACUAACAACCCUUAUAACACCUUACUGGCAGAGACUGUCGUAUGUAACACCCCCUCGGCUCCAGUCUUUAACUCGCCAGUGACCUACAGAGAGACAAGGCACUCACUGAACAGUGCGGUGAGGGACACGAGUGCAAUGGAUACUCUACCGCUAAAUGGUAACUUUAAUAAUAGCUACUCGCUCCGCAACGGGGACUUUGGUGACAGUGUGCAGGUGGUGGACUGUGGCAUCACGCUGGACGACGCCGCCUUUGAGAAAAUGAUCAUCUCCGAGCUGGUGCACAACAACCUGCGUGCCUGCAACAAGACUCACCAACAACAGCCGCAUUACCACCACCCAACACAACAGCCACAGCAGCAGCCACCACCGCCACCACCACCACAGCAGCAGCACUCCAGCUUAAACCAUCAUCAGCCCCUGCACCUCCACCAGCAGCCCGGGCAGUACAACUACCCCCCCCACCUCCACCACAACGCGGAGCGGGCUCCGCCCAGGGUGACGGUAGUGACUGGCGGUGGUGGCAGCAGCAGCGAAGAUGAUGCCAUCGUGGCCGACGCCUCGUCCUUGGUGCAUGUGGGCGACGUGCCGGGCCUGCAGCUGCACCCCCAACGGGAGCUGGAGGCUCCCCUUAUCCCCCAGCGGACUCACUCGCUUCUGUAUGCGCCCCAGAAGAAGGUGAGGACGGACGGGGGGGUGGAGAGCUACGUCAGCCAGCUGACGGACGCCGACCCCGCCAACAGCCCGCAGUCACCUAACAGGGACUCCUUGUACACUAGCAUGCCUAACCUGAAGGACUCUCCGUACCCCGAGAGCAGCCCCGAUGUGGUGGAGGACCUCUCCCCCUCCAAGAGGAGCGAGAACGAGGAUGUUUACUACAAGAGCAUGCCUAACCUGGGGGCUGGCCACCAUCUCCAAGCCUACUACCAGAUUAGCCGAGGGAACAGUGAUGGUUACAUUAUUCCUAUUGCUAAGGAGGGCUGUGUCCCAGAGGGAGACGUGCGGGAAGGACAGAUGCAGUUAGUGACAAGCCUUUAA